UCCAUGCAAUCGCUAGGAGAUGCUGUGCUAUCAUUCGUGAAGACAUGCGUUGCAGAAACAAGGGAAUUUGCUGCUCCGGCUCUGCCUGAGCUGCAAGAUGCAGGACGUCGGGUGGCGUCAUCUGCUGGGAGCCUAAGUACAGCUGGAGAAAUGGGCCGCCACAGCCAGCAGGAAAAUGGAAAAGCUCAUGAUGCUCGGGACAAGAAGCUUUAUCAGCACGAUGACCUCCAGGCAAAAAAUGCCGAGUCUCAAAUUCCAGGUGGCAGCCAGAUGGCGAAAUCUUGUCCAUCCAUGGAUAGCGGUUGCUGCGCUGAUGCCGAUGCCAGUGCUGAUGCCGAAGCUGAUGUGAAUAUUGCUGCCACUGCUGAUGCUGACAAGGGGGGUAAACCAAAUCCUUCUGUGAAUGGACUGUGCCAGAUUCCGUCGGAAGCAUACAGACUCUCUUCAGAAGAUAUGGCUGGACAGACUCUGCCUGACAGAGUGUCAUUUUCUUCUCCUGUAAUCCCAAAAAAAGACCCUUGUGAUCCGCAGAAAAGAACAGGGUAUCUUACAUGGGAUGACUAUUUUAUGUCAAUUGCGUUCUUGAGUGCUCAGCGAUCCAAAGAUCCGCAUCGACAGGUCGGAGCUUGCAUUGUCAGCAAGGACCGAAUUAUUCUCGGUAACAUUAUUCGCCGUUUGGGAGAGGGUGCCCAAGGUCGAGUCUACCUGGCAAAGGAGAAGAGGCGGGCUCAGUCAGCGUCUGUGUCCCGCUCUACGGCCGUGAUGGACAAGAGGAGCGAAGAAGAGAAKGCACCUCUGAGGAGGCAGAGAUGGGUUCUGAAAGUUGUGAGCCUUCCGUCCGCCCAGAAGGAGCGUGAUUUGUGCUUCAUSGAAGCCUCCACGUUAAUGGCUCUAUCUCAUCCGUACAUCACGAGUUGCAAGGAGAGCUUUGYCAUUGAUGGAAACUGGCUCUGCAUUGUUAUGGAGCAUUGCAGAGGAGGAGACCUACGGACAAGGAUAAAUAAAAGAAAAGAGCAGAGCCUGAGGUUCKYAGAGGAACAAAUUAUCGAUUGGCUCGCACAAAUCGCGCUGGCUCUGGAAUACUUGCAUGACAACAAGAUCAUUCACAGGGACCUCAAGUCAGAGAACAUCCUCCUCUGCACUCCAAGGCGUACCACAUUUUCUCAGGAAGAGCACCCACAUCUAAAGCUUGGGGAUUUUGGCAUAGCACGCGUCCUGGAGUCAACACAUGCUUGUGCCCAAACUUUUGUGGGAACUCCAUUUUAUAUGUCACCUGAGCUCUAUCUCGGGGAACCUUAUGACCAGAAAUCAGACAUAUGGGCUUUAGGAUGCAUUUUGUACGAGAUGAUAUGUCUGAAGCAUCCUUUCUCAGGUGGGAGUGUGAGAGAGCUAGCUGUACACGUCACGCAGGAAACCUGUGACAUCCCACUUGAUUUGUACAGCAGUGAACUUACAACACUCCUCAGUGAAAUGUUGGAUAAGGUGCCCCAAAAGCGACCAGCCGCUCGCUGUAUUGCCACUCAUCCAUUGAUCAGGGACAGGGCUGCAUAUUUCCUCUCCCAGUACAAACAUACAAGUUCURAAACGUCUGUCAUGGAAGCCAGCGUGAUCUUUCAGAGUUCUUGCCUAGCUGCAAUCAAUCGGACGAUCAGAGAGCAAGCCAUACGGCUGGGUUUGGACCUGRCCAUCGUUUCACAGACAAUCGCCCGGAGCAGAAAUCUGGAGCUAUGUCCAACUCGCACAUCUGCGGAGAUAUCAUGCACAGUAGAAAGUGUAUCGAUGUCUKCUUCAAUGAAAUCGCGUGUGGUUCGGCCGCACGAGGCAGAAGAAGCUGGUUUCCAAUCUUCAAGGAUUUCUUCCCGAGAUAAGACCUGCUCGUCGUGGGAUGGGCACAUUGGAGGAACGAUAGUGGGUGCAGCGCAUGCGACUGCUUUUGACAGAGCCGUGAGCGACGUAACCAAUGCAGCUGAAGACUGUCCUUCGCCUGAAGUCUACGACAUCAAGAGGAUCAACAAGAAGUCAGACGAAAAGGGGAGAAGAAGAGACGCAGGCGAGAUAAUACAGCAAGUGGAGACAUUGGAGAAGGUCUUUGGAGGGUACAACUACCACAACGUCGAUGCCUCACCCGAUACGGAAGACACGAGUUCAGAGGUAUCCUCGGAUGCGAACGAUACGAAACUGGACACGGUGACUGGGUCGAUCCAGCAGAAGGCGAAGGGGCAUCAACUGUGCGGUGUUGCAGGCUCAGGCCGUCUUAUUCGGGUCCGUGGCACCCUGGGGAAGGCAGGACUGAGCUUCAUGCGGUACGCACGUAAGAAUAGGGCUGGAGCGCAGAAGGUAGGAGGGAGGCCUUGUCCGCAGUCAGCCUCCACAUGUGGCAUCUCGGCCAUCUGGCCGAUGUAUAACCGUUACAGACGGCUGAGCUUCGGCGGGCUCUUUCCAAGACUCAGGUGGUCGAAUGGGAGCCUGCGCCGGACUCCAAAAGAGCAAGCCAUCAAAGCGACCAAUCAACCGAUUAUCGGCGGUGGAGCUAUGCCUCCUGUCUUGCCAUCGAACGGAGGUAGACAAAGGGAGGGCGGAAGCUCUGCAACACAUUCACUCGUGAAAAUCCAGGAGACGGAAAAAGCAGACGACGCGGAAGUCGUGGCGGGUGCGAUGCGGACCAUGGCACCGGCGCAACUAGUUCUGAGCGGCCUCAGGGAAAUGAAGGUGACACCGGGGCCCUCGGCUCCUGGAAAACGGGUUGCAAGAAUGGGACCGCAUGGCGAGCAGAGGUCACCGUUUGCAGCGAAAGACAACGGACGAAUAACAAGGAAAUCAUCAGCAGCUAGCGAUGAGCUGAGAGCGCUAGUUGUCCGCUGCCAGCAAGCUCUAACGGAGGGGCGCAUUUCCAAGGCGUCCAUCAAAGCGCCAAAGUCACGGAUCAGCUUUUCUCAGCCUUCCCCGUUGCCAUCCGAGCGCUACUCAAGCCGUUCCGAAACGAAAACACCGAUAAAGCCAAUGGAGAACAUCGGCAGCUCAAGAGCUCUUCCGGGUGUGCAGUCGCGCUCACCAUCAGAACGCGAGGCACAUGAGGGGUCACCGCUACAUCAGAGCGAUCGCCGCUUCAACAGAGUAACUGGAGCGGAUGAGGUCGGAGGACAAAGGUGUGAUUGUCAUCAAGACCUUGGUUCGAGAAUGGGCGUCGAGGUUGGAACGACUCCGUCGUUGCAAUCAAGUGCGAAAACCUCCGCCAUGACAGGUGCGGGUGAGAGGGUCGUAAGCACAGGCGACGUCCUUCGUGGGCGACGUAGCAAAGAAGUAUUGCAGACACCCUCGAAGCUCCCGGGACUGUGGUCCCCACGCAAAGGCAUCGUGCGAAAACCUCUCCAUGAAAUUCAUGCCGAGGCACGAGAACGUCAAUGCAAGCUUCGUGGCAAACGUAUUGGUUAUAAUGGUUUCCCAAGAGGCUGCCAUGAUGAUGACCUCCCAUGGUCUAAGACUGCAGCAGACGGCGACCCUCUGAAGACCAAGUACCCAUAUGUCUGCCAUGCAGAGAUGAAUGCUAUCUUGAAUAGGAAUCAAGCAUCUGCAGACGGUCAGCGCCUCUACGUAACAAUGUUUCCUUGCAACGAGUGCGCCAAGAUCAUUAUUCAGGCAGGUAUCUCAGAAGUGGUGUACUUCCAGGACAAGAGAGCGAAGGGUGGUUCCACAGGAGUUGAGAACCAGGAGGGGAUGGCAUGUCCUGACCCCAAGUAUGCAGCAUCUUAUCACCUUUUGACAUUAGCGAAGAUCAAGGUGUGGCAGCACAAACCCCCAAUGCAGAGCAUUGUGAUACAUUUUGAAUAAAACCAAGACUUGGAAAAGCAGUAGUCAAGCAUUGCACGGCAGGGGCUAUGGAUCAUGCGGUACAACGUCUGUACCAUCUGUUGCUAGUAUGCACCAAGUGUGUUCAUGGAUCUUGCAGCACAGUUGGCUGUUCACAGUGGUCCUGAAACCCGCAUCGUCAGGUCCAAGUGCCUCCGGCGUGUAGAGUCCCAAACUCUCGGUGCAGUUUCAAGGCCUUGGCAAUAAAUCGGGCCAGGUGACAGUGCAAGCCAAACUGCAGUCUCCUGGAAGAGGCAGCAAAGAUUUGCACAUAUGACGAAGGACAAGAGGACAUGUGGCAACCCUCUCACAAGUACACAUGGCACUUACAGGUGACUUCACACUUGGUCUAAGGGCACUGGCGCUGGUAGCUGCCCUCUCACGACCACACAUGGCAGUCAUCGGACGACAACACAUAACAGUCAUAGACAACACAUAACAGUCAUCGGACGACAACACAUGGCUGCCCUCGCACGAGGACACGUGGCACUUACAAGUGGAGAAAGGCAUCAGAUGGUCCAAUGAGGACAUGCAUAGGGAUACUCAAUGAGACAAACAUAAGGGCACACGUGAACGCUUCAGUGAUCCAUAGCUGGUACAGCAGCAGUGGACCAGUGACAAACCUCAUGGGGACUAUGACUGGGGCUCAAGGACUGAGAAUUGGAGGCGUGGAACCGAGGAUAUAAAAUGAAUGAUCGAUAAGGAAUGAGAUUAAGCACGCGCAAACAAGUUUGAGGUGAGCUGAGUGCAUCUUCGGGCUCGUGUGAUGUGAAUCGCGAAGUCGUCAGCAUGGUAUCUAUAUGCACAUCCACCUUUAUCAGCUUUCGGCAAUCACAGGUCAGCGACUCACAGUCACAAUACGCUUUUUUUUUUUUUUUUUUUUUUAAUUGGCACACACAGCCCCUUCUAUUCUGGGGGCGUCAGUCCAGUUGCUUAUCACUGGCAAGCAUAGAGGAGAGAGCAAGAGUAAAAAAGGUCAGGAAAA